GGCGGUUAGGUCCUUUCAAACGUGCAGUAGUGCUGUUGCAAUUGUUGUACUGUCAGUGCACGCUACCAGGCCUUGCUUCUGGGCACCGUAGAACAAUGUCCACGAGUAGUGAUGUCUCCGGAGACUCCACUGCAAUUAUCUUCCGCUCCUUCGCUACAAUAAUAUUCUCAGAAAUAGGAGACAAGACCUUCCUUAUUGCGGCUAUCCUGGCCAUGCGACAUCCUCGUCUUCUCGUCUUCGCUGGUGCCUUCGGCUCAUUACUUCUGAUGUCUUUGCUGUCCGCCACCAUGGGCCACAUUCUACCAAGUCUCAUACCUAAAGUGUGGACCCAGCUUGCUGCAGGCGUCCUCUUUUUGGCCUUUGGAUGCAAGAUGUUGAUGGAGGGACGUGCGAUGAAAAACAACAGCUCUAAAAUCAUUGAGGAAAUGCGAGAAGCAGAAGAGGAGAUUGAAAACGACGAGGCUGGUGUGGAGGGACUCAAUGGUCAUUCCAUUCCGCUAGAACGCAUGGAGGAGGGUCAAGUUCCAUCUUCGCCAACUCAUGCUGGGAAACCCACGAAGAAAAGCGGCUUUGCGGAAGGAAUGCGCAACGUUUGCAAUCUCCUCUUGGGCCCUGUUUUCGUGCAAGCCUUUGUCUUAACUUUCCUCGGUGAAUGGGGCGAUCGCAGCCAAAUAGCAACUAUUGCUUUGGGUGCUGCACAUAGCGUCUAUCUUGUGACACUGGGGACUAUUAUUGGCCAUACAGCAUGUACCGCGCUCGCCGUACUCGGUGGCCGGUAUGUCUCCAGUAAGAUAUCUGUCAAGCAUGUUACUCUCGGAGGAGCCGUCCUCUUCUUGAUUUUUGGAGUCAUUUAUCUCUAUGAAUCCUUCGCCGCAUCCGCCGAUGAAUUACCGAUACCCGUUGCCUCGGACUCGAUUACCGGGACGUAGUUGCCAUUCAUUGACGCAUGUUUGAACACUGUAUUAUAAUGAACCCACACAACACCUUUCCAUGUCUCUCAGGUGUGUAAUAGAGUAUAAUUUUGUCUCAAAGGGGAGCGGGAGUCUCGUCUGGUUCCUGAAACUAUCUUUAAAGAGGCCAUGGUUGAUUCCAUUUAG